AUACAAUAAUAAGGAAGUAGCGGGCAAACAAACAGCACGAGCCCGGGUAGUGUUUGUGCAUUAGUCUUUUAUUACAUGUUGUAAAUGUAUUAAUGUGAGCACUGACGACCAGAACAAGGAAGUCUUCUCGCCUCCACAGGCUCACACUGUUAUAGGGAGAUUAGUUGUUUUUAUCCUUUCUCUUUGUUGUUUGUGUAGGGUCUCCAUGGAGAGAUACUCACUCCAGAAAGUCAUCGGGGAAGGGUCUUUCGGUCGAGCUUUGUUAGUCCAGUGUAAAAGCAGUCAAGAGGAGUAUGUGGUCAAAGAAAUCCAGCUGCCAAAGAAUCAGUCCAAAUUGGAGAGUUGUAGGAGAGAAGCCAUCCUGCUGUCCAGAAUGAAACAUCCUAACAUUGUGGCCUUCAGGGAGGCAUUUGAAGCUGAUGACCUCCUGUGUAUUGUGAUGGAGUACUGCAGUGGAGGAGACCUGCUCCAGAAGAUCCGGCUACAGAAAACUACGCAGUUCUCUGUUGAUGAUAUCUUGAGGUGGUUUGCCCAAAUGUGUGCUGCCACACACCAUAUCCAUGAUAAACGGGUUUUGCACAGAGAUCUGAAGUCCAAGAACAUUUUCCUGACAGAUAAUGGGACAAUCAAGCUUGGAGACUUUGGCUCGGCGUGUAUUCUGAACAGCUCAAAGGCGUACGCUCAAACAUAUGUCGGGACGCCAUAUUAUGUGGCUCCAGAAAUCUGGGACAACAAGCCAUACAACAAUAAAAGUGAUGUGUGGUCUCUGGGCUGCGUUCUGUACGAGCUCUGCACCCUGCGACACCCGUUCCAGGCAUCCAGCUGGAAGAGCCUGAUUCUUAAGGUGUGUCGGGGUGUGUAUUCUGCCCUUCCUAAUCACCUGCCCUACGAGCUGCAGUAUCUGGUCAAGCAGAUGUUUAAGACAAACCCAAAAGACAGGCCGUCCCUGCACAGCAUCCUGACCUCUCAUCGGGUUUCCAGGCUCCUGCGUAGACAUCUACCCUCCCAGGCGCUGGAGACGCAGGAACAGGGGAGGCGCAAGGGUCGAUGGAAUAGAGAAGAGGGAGAGAAGGUGGCUCAUCUUCUGGGAGAGAAGAGUUUAAUGAAAUCAUCAACAAUUGAAGGCAUGGAGUUACCUGAAGUUCACUGUGAGAGCAGAGAGCCGGUCCCUCGAAAGCAGUGGACUGCUGAGCCAUCAGACACUGUACUGCAGGUGCUGGCCAAUGCCAGCCUCAUCUCAUCGAACAGCAUGGCAUCAACCAACCAGACCCUCAUCGGAUCUACGCAUGGAAGUGUGUCAGAGGAGCCAGAGGACAGCAGGCCGAGGAGACGAUGGGACAGGGAUCCUCCUGAGAGGCUUCUGAGUCUGUUGGAGAAGGCCCGGCUGAACAGAGCCUUCAGCACCUUUAUAAUACACACAGGAGGCGAGGACCCUCUGGUGGGACCCCUCUCCCAGCCGCAGGGUGAUGACACUGACGGCCCUGAGCCUGAAGUGACCGUAGAUGAGGAGCGUAUGCAGCCUCGCUCUGAUGAUGAGGACACAGACUUUGAGGAAGAAUCUCCAUGUGACUGGAUGGAUGAAGUUGAGAAAAUGUUAUGGGACCACUAAAACCUCAUUUCCUCUGAGCCUUAAUCACAAGGCUGUUGCUGAUGUUUACAUUUACUAAAGACAAUAAUUGUUUGCCAAAAUGUUUUCACUUUAUGUGAAGACAACCAGGUCUUGAUCUUAUAAAUGUAUACAAAUUUUUGUAGCAGGUUAUAUUCAAGUUUACAGAACACAGAUAAGCUCAGACAGUAACAGUGAGACAGUAAGUUUUUUGUAUUGUAUUUUUGUGACUUUGAUCAUAUAACUUCAACAAAACACUAACAUCUGAAUUAAAUGUUGUUCAACUUGUUGCCAUAAAAGCUUUUUUACACAAGGA